CCCUGUUUUCUACUAGUGGACUCACUUGGUGAGAAUGUCAAACGCAAUGACCUUGCUACUACGGUAACUAUCUAUUUCUUUUCUCAUCUUAGCAUUUAUUUUGUUUGACUUCAUACUUAACAUUUCUCAUAUAUACAUAAAAGUUAUUAGGGAUAGAGAAAUGGCUGAAACUUGCAGAGCAUAGUCCGGAGUUUAUCAAAGGUAAUAAGUGGCCUGAUCUCAAUGUUACAAAAUGGACGGUUGUAGAGCAAAUUCAGGAGGCAAUACAAACCGAUGGGAGGAUAUGAAACAUUUUCGAAAAAAUUAGCAAUAAUUUUGCUCGAUUCAGAGAUUAAUAAGUUAAAAGGAUGUCCCAUGUACCAUCAACCUCUCAACGAAGAAACUUUAGCUAAUUCCGAUCUUGAGAUCCUGGAUAAUCCAUCUGACGUGGUCGAAGAGAAACGUCCCGCCCCAAACACUAUCAUUCCCACGGACCAACGUGAAAUACUUGCCGGCCUCUCCAACUACAUCGUGUCGAUCAAUGAUGUUGGAUGUUUGGAGAAGGUGUGGGUCCGGAGCUCCACACCCGAUCCAAUGAGCUUAUGUCUUAAGAAACUUCAGUGCAUACUUAACAUGGAGCAGCCCAUGUACAAAAAUUGCUUCAACACCGCCGUGCUUAUGCUGGCAUCAUUUAUUUUGUUUGACUUCAUCCUUGACAUUUCUCAUAUAUACAUAAAAGUUAUUAGGGCUAGAGAAAUGGCUGAAACUUGCAGAGCAUAG